AUGAAACAUCCUGGUUCUUUACUAUUGGCCUGGCAGGUCAAGGAUAAGCACUGUUUAGUGAUUGGAGGCGGCGACGUGGCCUUGAGUCGUGUGCACCAUCUUAUCAGAGCCCAGGCUAAGAUUACAGUGGUCAGUGGGCCAAAUGUACACCCAGAGAUCUUGGAGUUGGAGGAGAAGGGGGAGCUUUAUAAGUUAUUGAAAAGAGACUAUGAACCUGAAGAUUUGCAGAUGUACGAGCUGAAAGAACAGCUUUCGUUAGAGUCUUUUAAGGACAUUGACGAGUCUCAUUAUGCUCAGAUAGACGACCAGGUUAAAAACCAGGUGUUUGCAUGUGUAUGCUGUUGCAUUGACGACCCUGUGCUUUCUGGAAAGGUGUAUUACCAGUCUAAGUACCUUCGUUUGCCUGUGAAUAUCGCUGAUAAACCACCGAUGUGUGACUUCUACUUUGGCUCAAUGUUCAACCAAGAUGCUCUUCAGAUCAUGAUCAGCACCAAUGGUAAAUCUCCUAGGUUGCUGAAGAUGAUUAAGGACGAUAUUGCUAAGCAGUUUGCAGGUAUCAAGCUUAAUGAUGCAGUUGACACUUUGGGUGAUAUUAGAGCCAACUUGAGGGCUAGAAAAUUACAAGAUAACAGCCUUGAAACCAUUGAAAAGAGAAUGGAAUGGAUCAAGAAGCUCACAGAUUUCUUCACGCUUCGACAAUGGAGUCGAUAA